AUAGUUCAAAUGAUUAUUAUAAAACCGGCCAAAAUUUAAUUAAUUCCAGAUUCCAACAACUAAUACCGUUUUUGUUUAUUAAUUAGAAAUCUGGAGUGUAGUUUUACUUUUUUGCGUUAGUGCGUUAUUGUUGCACAAGUGAAUAAAUUUUUGAGGUUACGUCACCCGCAAGUGUCACUUUAAAUUUAGCCGGAAUUAAAUUCGUCAAAAAUGUCUCAUACUUUACGACUCACACUCAGGACCCUUUGUUACCCCUUGAAAACCGACUUACUCAAACUAGCACCCGUUUCGUCGCCCCAAACAUGCCGCUAUUUGUACGCCAAAGCGACAAUCGGGAUUGACGCUUUCAGAGAGCAGCAGAAACAAACCAAGAGUCAGAUGUUAAACAUAGAGGCGAAAUUCCGGGAGCGGAUGAAGGGUUUUGCGGCUGAAGACUCCUCGAGUAUGAUUUUUACAGAAGACCUUAAAAACAUGGUGCAUAUAGCAGAAACUGACGAAGAUUUCGACUUAGUUGUAAAAAUGGCGAAAAAGUUCAAUGGACAAAACAAACAGCUCCGGUUUGGCAAUUUCGUUUUUGGGCCUGUUGUGAUGCGCAUGCUUCACGUUUUUAAUAAGCCCGACUUGGCGCUGGAGUGCUUUAAGUCGCCGGAGCUCGAGGGACUGUUCGAUCAGUUAAUCACGUACCAGAUUUUGUUAGAUUUGUUGUAUGAGAAUGACAAGUAUCAAGAAAUGCUGGAGGUGUUUGACUUAGUCAAGGGCAAACAGUUGCAGGGGGCGAAGUACCCUAGGAACGCGGUGGUUCUUGUGAUGGCCGGGUGCUACAAACUCAAUUCUAAAGAAGGUACUGAGUAUGCUUUAAACUUGUGGAACGAGUUGAUGGCUGCGGGUCACUUCCCCAUGCGUCGAGCGACGACGUUCUGCGCAGGUCUGGCUUUAAACCAGGGUAAACCUGAAGUCGCUUUAGAGAUUCUAGGGGCGGUGAAAAACCCCAACUAUGUCACGAUUCGUAACUUAAAAGUGAGGGCUUUGAGCGAAAUUGGACGCGUAGAAGACGCCAUCGUUUUACUUAAGUCAGUAAUCGCGACGGACCAACCAGGAGAAGUCACCCAGACUUUUAACAAAGAAGUAAUGGAGUGUGUGAAAGCCGCGGUGGACAAACUUGAAAAUCCAGACCUCACGUUGGAGUACAACAAGGUGGAGAAGUUGUUUGAAAAGGAGGGGCACAUCUCAGAUUUGACUUUGGAUUCCCAUUUAUGUUCGGAAAUCCAGCAGCCCCCUAUCAUGAAUAAUCGUCAAAUAAAUAAAUUUAGUCGCUUUAGAGACAACACACGGAACACCGGUGAUAGUGGCUACAACCGACCUCAAAGGCGGCCCGGCCUUAAAGAAAUGGUUUAAUUGUCUCCUUGUAGUGAUAGUAAAAAUAAACACUUUUCUAAUUAGACAAA